AGCACAUCCCUCCCUGUUCCGUCCAUCUGCAUCGCCGGCAGUGCUGCGGCCCAGCCACCUUGACCGCCUGAAAACCGUCUUAACCGUACUGAAUGAUUGUGUCCUCCGUGUUCAAUAGUGAGCCCGACUGAGCAAAUAAUAGUUUGGCAUCCAUUACUAUUAGUAGUAUUACUCCAUAAUAAACGGAGGGUGGGGUGCAUUUGCUGCAAUGUGCGGUAAACCCCAAAGGGUUGUGCUGUCACAGACUGAACUCAAAACUCACGUCAUAGCCAAAUCCAACUUUCACAAAACCAUCCGGACUCACUCCCGACGCUUCAGCUCACAAACCGCCAGAAAUGGAGGAAAAGUCCCUCUUAAUCCUAGGCGCAGGCUGGACAGCCACCUUUCUCAUCCCUCUCCUCCAGUCCCGCAACAUCCCCUUCGCAGCGACGACCACCGACGGCCGCAUCGUGGCCGGCGCCCCCACAAUCCCUUUCAAAUUCAACCCGACCGCGCCGGAGGAGGAGACCCGCUCUGCAAUCGCCUCCCUACCCUACGCGCGCCAUGUACUCAUUACCUUCCCACUGACGGGCCCGGGCCAGAGCAAAUUGCUGGUCGAGUGCUACGAGGAGACACAUCGCCGCGCGGUCAGCGCCAUGUCCGUGGGCGCAACGAGCAGCCCCGCGGCGCGGGCGCGAGCCCGCUUCAUCCAGCUCGGCAGUACCGGCAUCUGGCAGCAACCGCGGCAGCGGCAGCGCCUGCAGCCCGGCGCCGACGGCGGCAAGGGCCCCUGGAUGACCCGGCACUCGCCCUACACCACCACCGACCCGCGCGCCGUCGCCGAGGACGAGCUGCUUUCCCUCGGCGGAUGUGUGCUGGAUCUGGCGGGGCUCUGGGGCGGCGCCCGCGAUCCGCGACACUGGAUCGGUCGUGUCGCGUCCACUAAGGAGGCCCUCCGCGAGAAGAAGAGUCUGCACAUGGUGCACGGGCUCGAUGUGGCCAGGGGCGUUGUGGCCGUCGUGACCGGUGGGGAUGAGAAGUGGGAGAAGCACGGCAGGGGACAGAGGUGGAUGGUGACGGAUGGGUUUGUGUACGACUGGUGGGCUCUCAUGGCCGGUUGGGCGGAGGGGGAAGGCGUCAGUGAACCCAUUGACCAGGCCAGGUGGGUGUUCGAGUUGAUGAAUGAGGAGGGAGUGAAGGCGUUACCCCGAUCUAUGGAAGCGUUGGGGAGGUGUUAUGAUUCGAGGGAGUUCUGGGAGGCAUUUGGGUUGGUCCCCUUGAAGGGGCGUGUCUAGCGAGGCCGGCUGAAAUCAGCCUAUGAAGGCUAGGAUACUAAACAACCCGGAAACACAGUUGGAUUCAACAAUGCUAAACUUGUCAAACAUAGUUAUCGAUUGAUCCGUCGAGUCCCUGUUUGUGGAAAGAAUUUCGUCAACCUCCGUCCACAACCCGCAUGUCUGAAGGCCUGUGUCUCAGAAUGCCAGACCAGACAAACAAAAACGCGAGCAAUCCCAGAAAGAGCACGACUUUAUUAUCGGAGAAGCAAAAUGAAAACUGCGUCAGCCGCGAAUCGAACGCGGGGCCCAUCGAUGGCAACGAUGGAUUUUACCACUAAACCACUGACGCUGUUAUCCAAUUG